UUACUACACUGCUAAUGAAAAAUGAAAGCACUUGUGUAUUGUGUUGUGGGUUCAACGAAGCACGUAAUCUCAUCUAAUAUGUAUGCAUUUCCAUAUCUUGAUUAGUUGAUGCCAAAGCAAGCGUAACAGUGUAUCACCUGGAAUAGUAUCGUUUUAGUAGUGUUUUUCGCGGGAGAAGAUUUGUGAUCGAAGGUCAAGGUUGGUUGAUCUCGAAAUUGUUAUGUCCAUGGGUAUGGACGCUGAACAGCAAGAGGAGGAGUGCUGGUACCAACUCCGACGAGUUGGCCAUACAGCUACGUUACCGAAGGUUCGAGAUGUUAUGAAACUCCAUGUCGGUGUGACGAAGUUCGGUCGUGCUGCCAGUAAUCAUUAUUACCUUGACUCGGCCACUCUGCCAAACUUUAUAUCCCGCCACCACUCCGAGAUCCAUGGCAUUCGUGACGAGGAUGGCCUCAUCAAGUUUGUCCUUCAUGACAAGGGCCUCAAUGGUACCUUCAUCAACGAUAUCAAGAUGCAGAGUUCCUGCGAACUUGAGGAAGGGGACAAGAUAACGUUUGGUCACACGAAUGGAUACAAAUUGGCACCCGGCCAACAUUCAAGGCAGCCGCACUCAGAAUUCCAAUUUAUAUUUGAAAAAGUUUACCGAAGUAAUGAAAGACUUAUCAACAAUGGAGUCAAGCGUGAACAAGAAAGCAGCACGUCAAGUGAUUCUGAGAAACAGAAAAGGCUUUGUGCGCGGGACAAUGCAGUAGACAUGGAAACCUUCAAAGAAGGAUGGUCUAAAAAUAAUUCAAAUUCAAAAACUGAAAGUGAUUCAGACAAGACUUCCUCGUCUCGUAUUAAAACUGUUGAAAGUGUAUCUCAGGACAAUGAUUCAUGUUCCUCAUCCUCAUCAUCGUCAUCUUCAUCGUCAGCUUCAUCAAGUUCAUCAUCGUCAUCAUCAAGUUCAUCUUCAUCAGUCAGGUCUUCAUCUAAAUCUCCAAAUUCACAAACAGCCGACCAUGCAGCAGAAAGUAGUACACCAAAUUUUUCUAUUUCACAAAACCGUCAAGAUAAUUCUACAAUUAUUAUGUCUGAGCCGAACAGCGACAAGGACGAAAGCGAUGAAAAUGAUGAUAACGAUGACAAUGUUUCAGAACAAUCUAGCCAGUCUUUGAGAAAAGUAGACAAUAAUAGUGACAAUAGUGAACAUUCGGAUUCGGAUUCUGGUGAUGAUUCUGACGAUGAAGUAUCGAACCAUGACAGUGAGGUUAAUAAAUACCAUAGUCAUAACUCCAGUGAUAAUGAAAGUGAUACAGAAAUGAAAGAUGAGAGUGAAAAACGAAACGACAGCAGCGAAGAAGAGAAGGACACAGAAGAAAAGGAAAUCGAACAGCUUCCAAGUCCUGUUCCGAUGAAGAGAAAGGCUCCAGUGCCGAAAAAAGGAGCAAAAACAAAAAGAAUGAAACUUGCCAUGCCAUCUAGACGCGGGAGACAGAGUCGGAAGAUGUUAAAACGAAAUAGUAAAAGCUCUGACUUCAAUGAUAAUGAUGACCUUCCGUCACUCAAUGGAGGCAGUAGCCACGAUUCGAUGAUGAACGAGGACAAGGCUGAGAGCCAUAGAGACCCUUACCUGUUCGCCAGUGAAGAAAGUAGCGAAGAUGAAACCAAUACACGCCUAAAAGCCAUCAUCCACAAGAUAGGCAAGAUAGCUACCAGGCCAGCCACAGGGAAAAAAAGACAAAAGAAAACUGUGAAAAAGAAAAUUCAACAAAGAAAAUCUGUAAUCCCACCGCCGCCACCACCCAAAUCUGCAGCCAAGAAAAGGAAAGCUCCUCCUGCACCAGUGGCUACCACAUCUGGGCGGGGCCGGGGUAAGAAGGCCAAGCCUACACCUGUACGUGGCCGGAGGAGGCGGGGCCACAGUAGUGACAGUAGUGAUCCGGAGGAAGAAGAGGAGCAGGAAGAGAAUUUAGAGGAGGGAGUCGAGUGGUACGAGGUCGAAACAUGUGACGCUGAUGAUUGUAAGAGACCCAGUGAUAAAACUGUAGCCUGGGUACAAUGUGACUAUUGUGAUAAGUGGUUUCAUACGCAGUGUGUUAAUUGUAAAUACGAGCAUGUGAACGAUCCAGACAUCAAAUUCAACUGUGGGUGCUCAUAGGACUGGAGGAGAAAAUCAUUGAAAACAAACAGACCAAAGAAUCAGAUCGGAAUGAGGCUCAAAAUAUCACUUGCCUUUUGGACUGCAAUUAUCUGGAUUUCUGCUUUCGUAUGACCGCCUGCACUAUCGUCAUUGUCACAGCAGAAUAUUAUAUUAGCAGGUUUUCAGGUUGUUCAUAUACAAAAAUAAUUUUAUUAAGUUUGUUGAUGGUUAUUGAAAAAAAUUGAGAGGUUGUAACAAUUUAGAUUUCAUUUCAAAAGUAUUUGCUCACAAAACCUACCCAGCAGAAUUAUGCAGAUUUAAAAAAAAAUUAAUGAAUAGAAAAACAGAAGAAACUUCAAUAUUUUCAGAAAUGGAUGUUUGUUGGUUGGGAAAAAAUUGUUACCAUGCUGGUCUGUCAAAGAUUGUGUCAUGUUCAAGGUAUUAAAUGGCCAUAAUUAUAUUUAUUUAUGAAAAAAAAAAAAAUGUUGCUGAUAUUUUAUUCCCAAUAUUUCAUUCAUUGUAGAUGGAGUAAUUUGAAUUUGAUGGACUAGUUAUAGGAUAUUCAGAAACAGUUGAAUCCAUCAUCAACACAUUUUAAAAUGUUUAAGCAGACAUUUUCAGUGAAUCAGAGAUUUAUUGAAAUAUUUCAUGAUUUAGCAGUUUAAAAGUUCAAGAAGAUAAUCAAACAAUGCCAGAGUAAUAUUGAUCAUUGCAGAAAAUGAAAGAAUGAAUAAAUACUUGAUUGAAAGAAUACGUAAUUCAUGAAAUAUAAAUGUUGAUAAUUUCUCGGAAGAUAUAAUAUCCAGCAAUUUUACCGAAUCUUUGUCACAAACGCAAGCAGUAUAUUUUUGUUGAACAUAUAAUGUACUUUUAUCUGUAAGAAAACAACAUACUAAACACAAGGGUAAUUUUGUUAUUGUGGUAAGGUGAUGGAACUAAUGCAUUAUGGGUAAACGACAUGAAAUUAUUGUAAAAAAUAGCUGAAAUCCACAGAUAUCAUUCAUCAAGUAAUUGUUUUUCUACAGCAAGGAUAUGUUUUAAUCUUAGCAGCAUUUUUAUGUAUCCGUUAAUAACUAACAAUGAUAAGCAAUUAAGGUCAUGCUUUACACAUAAAGUGGUCACAUGGUUGUUGAUAAGUAGUGUUAGAAAAUUCGUAAGUUGUAAUAUUUUUGUGACGGCAGAAAUUGUAAUUGAACACAACUCCUGGAAUUUCGAGGAUGAUCUAAAACUUGAAUUUAUACCUAAAACAAUAUUAAUUUUUCAUUUAUACUCAAACUUAAAUAAAUGCAAAAAAGUAAAAACAUUUUGAAUACCAGCAUUCUGGAAAGCUUACAAAGAAAGCUUCGGUAAUGAUAAAGUUAAAUGGGACAUUUCAUAAAUUGUCAAUUUCGAUGGGAGACAAUUGUGAAAAAAAAUAACAAAGCUGUUUUCUUGAAUAUAAAUGUUGUAAUAAUUCUAAAUUGUUUAAUAUUUCCUUCUAGAGUGUCCUAUUGAAAAUUAUCAUGUUUUUUUAAAAUUGUGUACUGUUAAGUAUAUAUAUUGUAAUAAAUGUCACAAACAAAAUACAACAUGCAUGUAUACAAAUGGUUCAUUGUAAUCUGUAUCUAUGUAAUUUAUGGUAGUAUUCAAAUAUUGUAUUGAAUUUUAAUUUUUGUCUUUUCAAUUUGUUUAAAUAGUCACCGAGUGUUAAAUAGCUUUACCAAAUUAUAUUCUGUUUUAUUAUGUCACAAAAAUGGUCCUGGCAGCUACUGUGGCUGAAUUUAAUCAAUACAGCUGCUGUAAUUAUGAGUCAGUUCGUUAACACUUAUAAGAUAUAAAGAGUUAAUUAUCUUUGCCAUUGUUAUGAGAUGUUCCAGUCAAACUGUUUCAUAAAAAUCCAUUUCACAAAGUUACAAUUGGAAUGUCAGCGUAUUUGGAAGCUAAAGACAAAUUUGGAAAAAAAUUGCCAAAUAUUGCAAAUAUCAUAUAAUAGACAUAUUAAGAAAAAAAAAUAUCCUGUAACAGGAAUAAGAUUAUAGACUUGGAUACAAUAAGGCCUUCAAAGUGUUUAUUGAUGAAUAAUUUUUGCGUUGCAGCAAAAUGAAAGAUACUUAUCGUAACAGGGGAAGUAACUCUAAGAUGUUUUGCCACUGCAGCAGCUAUAUAAGGUUGUCCAAGUAAAUAAAAUGCUCAAUGGUAAACUAUCUUUAUGGCGGCGCUGAUUUCCUUCAAUAUAGAUAACUUUUCUACUUUAAUAUGUUCAAAUUAUCAAAAGAGAUAACUUCAAUAGUUUAGAAUAUUAACUGAAUAUAUGUUUAAAAAAUUCUUUAGCGUAGAAUUAAAAAAAGUUGAACUAAAAACGGAUGAAGAGCUGCAAGUAAAUUGUCAUAAAAAUGUAGUACUAUAUACUAUAUUUUCUUUGUAGAAGAUAUAUCAAAAUGUCCAAAUCAUUAAUAUAUCUGGUUAAAAUCUCAUAACCCUUUGCUAAGAAUUAUUUAUGGAUUAGACAGCAUAUAUUUCACUUGCUAGUUCAUUCAAAUGACCUUAAACUUAAAAUUUUUAGAAGAUAAGGAUAAAUGUAAGUUUCUAAGAGCAGUGCUGUUUUUUAAUAUUAAGGGCCAAUAAAUAGGGAAAAUAAGCUAAUUAUACAUUUUAUUUCUAUGAUUAUAGGAGUUUUUGACCUUUAUAUUUUUAGAUUUUAUCAUGAGAUAGUCUCUAUUUUUUAUGAUUUUUUUUUUUUGAAACUUGAUUCAAGGACAUUUGAUUAAUACUUUUUUACUUAUUUUAGAUUUCUUAGCAGUAUUUUGAUAAUGUUAUUUUAGCAAUUCUUAUUUUGAUAUUUCAAUGCCUUUUGGUACAAGAAUAUGUCACUUUUGUUUCGGAUGGGUAGAUUAAUGGUUCUGCCCAGCGGUACUUUUUUUUGCAUUUAUGGUAUGAGGGGGACACACUGUUCCUGAUGUUACCAAGUCUAUUAGAAAUAGUGUUAAUUCACAAAUACAUCUUCAUAAAUAUUUAUGUUUGCCUUUCCUUGGUGAAUUCGAACUGAAAGUAAGUAAUCUCAAUUAUGAUUUCAAAUCUUUCCAUCCGUAAACCUUCAGAACAUAAAAUAUUCUAUUGCAAAAAACUGGGUGUACUUGUUCGGCGUUUAGACUAUGCAUAGUUAUAAUGAGCUGAGGAAUUUCUAUGGCAGUUCAGUAAAUACACUGACAAAUUUUACUUCAUCGUCCUGCAGUUUGUGUUAGCUCCUUGGGCUUAUUGCAGGAAAAAUCAGGUAAGUUGUCGUUUGUAUCGAUAUGUUCUGUGAAUAUGUACUUUCUGUUGUGUUUUCAAUAACAUUUAACUCCUUUAUUGUUAAAAAAGUAUCAUGUCGUCAUAAAAGUGUAUACAAAGUUGUUUGAAAACGAAAAUUAUGAUUUGCGAAUUUCAAGAUUUAUUUUAUACAUAGAUCUGAACAAGGACAGUCUUGGAAUGUCUUGAAGAGAAAAGUAGAUAGAUUAAUAGAAUAGUUCACCCCUUUAAAGAGCAUGUGUAGUUUGUCUUUUCCCUAGGGUGAGAUAAGAAAAUCUCACUCCGGUAAAACUCCGGAUAUCCCUGUCCAGGGUAAGAGAAAACCUGGUACUGCUAUCUACGCAUUCAACAGAAUAUGUAAACAACCAUUCGACGUAAAUCAGCUAAAAUUUUAGUUAACAUUAAUGAGGAUUAACUCAUUUGUACUCGCACGAUUUUGGCUACUGCAUGCACCUGGGGUAGUAGCAUGUUGACAAAGGACAUUGUGACGAUAACUCCAUUCGAUGUUUGGUGUAUUACACCAUUGUGACGAUAACAUCAUUCAAUGUUUGGUGUAUUACACCGUUGUGACGAUAACAUCAUUCGAUGUUUGGUGUAUUACACCAUUGUGACGAUAACAUCAUUCAAUGUUUGGUGUAUUACACCGUUGUGACGAUGACAUCAUUCGAUGUUUGGUGUAUUACACCAUUGUGACAAUGACAUCAUUCAAUGUUUGGUGUAUUACACCGUUGUGAUGAUAACAUCAUUCAAUGUUUGGUGUAUCACACCGUUGUGACAAUGACAUCAUUCGAUGUUUGGUGUAUUACACCGUUGUGACAAUGACAUCAUUCGAUGUUUGGUGUAUCACACUGUUGUGACGAUGACAUCAUUCAAUGUUUGGUGUAUCACACCGUUGUGACAAUGACAUCAUUUGAUGUUUCGUGUAUUAUACCGUUGUGACGAUAACAUCAUUCGAUGUUUGGUGUAUCACACUGUUGUGACAAUGACAUCAUUCAAUGUUUGGUGUAUUACACCGUUGUGACGAUAACAUCACCCGAUGUUUGGUGUAUUACACCGUUGUGACGAUGACAUCAUUCGAUGUUUGGUGUAUUACACUAUUGUUGCGAGCUAUUUGUUUUGUUUUAAUUAAAAUACUUUUGAAGUCGUAUAUGUGUUUGUCCCAGGAUAUUUAAGUUUCAGGAUGUUUGUCUCAAAAAUCUAACACAACAUACUUAAACUAUGCCAUGGUCUUUAAUAUGCAUUUGUUUCGUGUGUGGAACAUCAUUCAUUUGCGUACUCAUUUAUUGUGACAUCCUACAUUUCUGUGCCCAAUUAGAAUUAAUAUUUUCUUCCUCUCUUAUAAUCCCUUUUUUAUGUAAUCCUUCCAGCUAAAGUUUAAUAAUUUGGGGAGGAGUAUAUGAAGUAUUUUGAAUGUUUAAAUAUUCAUUUUCUUCCCACAUGUCCUGUGCCAAUGAUUAACAAACUGUUUUCACCGACAAUACUACAUGUAAAUUUCAGUAGGAUUCCCAGCGAAACUUUGACGAUCAAAUGCUUCACUCGUUCAAGUGAGAUGUCUAUUCCUCAGAAGUUCGUGUUAAUUUCCCAAAUUUGUUAUGGUAUAUAAUUAUAAUAAACUCCAAGAAAAGAAUUGUUUGAAUACCAAAAUGAAAUUAAUAAAUGAUUUAGGACUCUUAUUAUGAAUUAAAAGUCAAGAAAAUUACCAGUGAAGAUUUUAUGUAAACACAUGAUAGAAAAGUUCAAACAUGAAAAAGAUGAGAAGUAGAGCUAUGACGUUUUUACAGCAUGAAAACAAAUAAAUGGCGUUUUAUCAACUUUUAUAUUAUGUGUACUGUUAUUUUAAUCGUAGCCUCUUGUUUACACCUUUUGAACGAGUGAAAGAAAAUGUUAGAAUUAUUCUUUGAAUCAAAAACUGAUUUGAACUGGAUCUGGUUUAUUUCAUUUUAGAUCCCGUUAUUUUUCAUAUGCACGUUAAUAAAUUUUUAAUAUCUUACCUGAAGUUUUCAUCAAGGUUAAGUAUAGAGCUGUUGUGUCCUGUAUUGUCGUUGACAACACAAAUCAAUCAAAAUUAAAAUAUCGUUUUUCGUAGAUAUCACUUACGGAAUGUAUUUCUUAACAGUUGUUAAGAGUCGACAAUGUUUGAUUUGGAUACACUGAAGAUUUCUUCUGAGAACAACUUGACAAUCUCGCUUGAAAAAAAUGAUUAAAACAAGAUAUGGUCAGUAUAUUAUGAUUUUGUAUGUACAUGCAAAUUUGUAGGAAAUGUGUAAUAUAGUGUCCCUUCCUUUUGCUCAUAAGGGACGUAAUUACAAUCGAAAUCGAAAAAAUAUUUGAAACUAUUGUCUAAGUUAUGCAGCAUGGCAGACUGAUGUUACCUUUGUUACAUUUAAAAUGCAUUCAGGUAAAUAUGAAAUUAAGAUUGCAGCAAAUUGUAAUUCAUUAUGAAAUUUGGGGAAUAUUUGUUAAAUAUUAUUAAAUUUGGUGAAUAUUUGUUAGGUUAAUUAUUAAAUUUGGUGAAUAUUUCUUAAACAUAUUAUUAAAUUUGGUGAAUAUAUUUCUUUAACAUAUUAUUAAAUUUGGUGAAUGUUCGUUUAACCUAUUAUUAAGUUUGGUAAUAUUUGUUUAACAUAUUAAUAAAUUUGGUGAAUAUUUCUUAAACAUAUUAAAUUUGGUGAAUAUUUCUUUAACAUAUUAUGAAAUUUGGUGAAUAUUUGUUUAAUCUUUUAAAAAUGGCAAAAGAUAAAAACCAUGACAUACACACUGACAUCUACAAUGGCGCGGAUUAUAUGUUCAUGUAGUUAUAUAAGUGUAACUUCCGUUGAAAUCUCGAUUAAAGUUAAGGCUGUGUACUAGGUAGCUAUCAUUACAUCCCUGAUAAAGAUUAGUGAACGUACACUGUCAAACUUGUUACUUUUAAAAGGGAUUUACUUUUCGGGAUUUUAUCUGGUGAAAAACCGCGCAAAAUUUUAACAGUUAAAAUAAAAUCAACAAGAUAACUUGUUUCAUAGUUUCCUUUCCAGGAAAGAAUAAUAGUGUCAAAGUUUGUUAAACUGCUUAAAAAGACGACUUGAAAAUUAGAACUAAUCGAAAAAAGUAGCCAUUACUGUAACUAUCCAAAAAUACGGAAACUGUGUUAAACUGGCCUGUCGUAUUGUUUCUUACGGUAAAUAUUCUCUAGCAACGUAGGUCUAAUUUUAGUUAUUAAGCGACUAAAAUGUUGUUUAUUUCACUAUACACGUAAUUGCAUGUACUGAUCUCAUGAGGAUAUAUUCCCCUACCCGAUUAUGACAAGUGGAGUGAUUUCAUUCUAUUUAAAGAAUGCAUGUAAGUUAUAUAUAUUACACGUAGACAUUUUAUGUUCUUUUGUUUUAUUUAAGUAUAUAUAUACACAUGUAUCACUAUUUAGAAAUCAGUUGAAAUUUUCAUCAAAUGGAGAUUUUAACAACAUUAAUAAUCAAAGAAAGUAAGAAUACAAACAUGAAAUGUUGAAAUAUAAGCAAUUAUGAUAUGUUGUAUAGUUAAGUAGUGUUUUUCCUGUAUCGAAAAUUCUAUCUCCAUCAGUAGUUUUUAGCACGUUAAAUCCAAUAUUUUUAAGUAAAGUGGUAGUUUUUCGCCAUGGUAUGUAAAUAAUCAUUAAUUCUGUAUCCUUGUAUAGCACUCACACCAAUUAUGUACUAGAAUCGGUGUUUUUAGUGUAUUCACGAGGUAUUGUUAUUGAAGUUCAUAUACUUUUACGUUUCUGUUACGUUUAACGUUUCCAUUUUGGUAAACAAAUCAGAUUUUAUAUUGUGUGGAAAUCAUGUAGUUUUAGUAUAUAUUGUAUGUUGUAUAUAAUGACCUAACAUCAUAUUUUAAUAGCGUUUUCAUUCAUUGACAUGUUUAGAAAAAAUAGAUAUAUAUUAUUUUUUAAUCUGAUGAUAGAAGUUUUACUAUUGGCAAUAGAUAUCUCUUCUUUAACACUUAAGCCGACACGAAUAUUGCUACCGUAGAUAUAAAUAUAUAUAUAUAUACUUGCUUUUGUGGCCCCAUAUCAACAAUAUCUUUGCCAUGAAUGGACCCAGUAACACUACGAUUAAAAAAAAGAUAUCUUAUUGCAAAAAGUUCAAGCAUUUGUUUCACUAUUAUCAGUUAUGAUUUUUAAUUUUCUAUUCUUAAACGUCACAAAAAUUUCGUCAGUCGGUCUUAGCUGAUAAAAUUCAGACAGGUUGACGAUUUUUAAACUUAAGCUUUAUAUCAAUUUGGAUUUAUUAGGCAGUGGUUUUAUGUAACUGUUUCAUAUUAAUUAUGUGCUUACAGGGAACUAUAAUUUCAUUCGGUAAAUAUUUGUAUCAAUAUGAUCACUUUAAUAAUUUAUCAAAUAUUUGAUAUAGAACAGACACAAAUAUGUAAUGUAUAUUUUGUCAAAUUAAUUGAAAUGGGAAAUGCUUUUAAUAUGUAUGUAUUUCUCAUUACGGAAUGUGUGAAAUCGUCAAUGUUCAAAAAACAUAAUAAGUUUGAUAAAAAUAUCUGCCAUAACAAUUAUUUGGACCACAUGAAUUGCUCUUAAACACAAAUAAUAGAAUAUCAACCAGUCAAAAAUAAAUGGAAAUAAUCACCAGUAAAUUAACUAAACAGUAUCGGGAGGUAUCGUUUACGUAAAUAAACACAAUCAACAACUCUUUUUGAUAAAUCCAUACAUAUAGUUAUAUCAUGGCUCCAAUUUCGUACAAAAAUACAAUUCAGAUAGAGAAAACAGUGCUAUUUACUGCGUUUUAAUUUGAACACUGUUGAAAUACACUUGUAAUUAAUUUGAAUGACCAAUAUGUCACAAAACAAACCUAAGUCACAAUACGAGAAAUAAAAAUAAAAACCCAGCGAAUUGUUGCCAAUCUGAUUCUAACUUAAAGUUUGUAUACAUAAAAUUUCAAUACAAAAAAAUAUAGAUUUAUUGUUUAUUUCUUAUGAAAUAUCAACAUUAUUUUACGAAAACAAGUUAAUUCAACUCACAAGGAUUGAAGACCGCGUGUGUACCUUACUCCAGAGAAACCCACGUGGUCGUAGAGCUGACUUCUCUCAUAUCCAGUUUAGAGAUUUGAAGGUUUGUCGCCUAAGGGAAAGGCGAGUUGCUCCACUUUAACACACUUUGUGUAUCCCCUGAAUAAAAUUUCAUGUAAAACAUUGAAAUGUUGGCAAAGAAAAGAAAAUAUCCAAGAUAUGUACUUCUUCACCAGACAUAAACAUGGUAUUUGAGGGAACCCUUAUUGAACAGUCCCACCUUCGCCGCAAACAUGUAACCCAAUCAUUCUCAUUAUCAUAAUAAAUUCUAUGUACUUAUGUUAGAAAUAUGCUUUCUUUAUAAAAUAAAAAAGCUAUGAGAAACGUCACAAACUCAUCAUUUUUUUAAGAAUAAUAAUACAUUUGUCCUUGUAUCUUUAUUUAUACCAAAUAAAACAUCUUAAACGCUAUGAGAACAUCACAAAAUCAUUGUCCAUGAAAUAUGCCGUGUGUUUACGUAAUAAAAACAUCUUAUUACAUCUACUCGCAUUCACAUAAAGAAAGAUAGUUCAUCUAUUAUAGGAAGUCAUUUUCAGUAAAUAUAGCACUGUUAUUUAGAAACGAUGUUUGUUGUUGGAAUUAAUUUCGUUAUAAAGAUAUUUCAAAGAAAUAUAACCGCAUGCGAAAUAGAUGUUUGGCGUUAAAAUGUUAGAAUUAUUGCUUGGUGUCGUAUAGAAGUGUCGUAUAGUCUGUGUGCCUAUUGUAAUACUCGUAUCAUUAUCAUAAAUCUAAACUGAAUUUUGUAUAAAUUUUCAUUCAGACAAGUUGAGAAUUAAAUAUGAUAUUUUA